ACAUGGCGUCUUUUGGUGAUAUUUCUUUGCCCUUCCAACAUGACCCUCGUGUUUUAAUGAAAUACAUAACAGCCCUCGUGAAUCUUGGCUAUGAAACCGUUGCUGUAAACAGAACUAUUUCACCAGGAAUUAAACAAAAGGGCGGACAAGAUAAGAUACCAGGGCCUCCAAACUUAACCAAUUUGCAAGGCUUGAACGAAUUAAAGAAAAUUUUUCCAAAAUUAAAACUACUUUCAAGAAUAACAGUCGUUAUUCAAGAUCAACAACAAGUACGUUUUAUUCCAGGGGAGACUGUACAAAGUUAUGACAUUGUUAGUGUACAACCAACAAAUGAAAAACUAUUUCAACAAAUAUGCCAAACUGUAGAUUGUGACGUCAUCAGCUUCGAUAUGACAUCACGAAUGCCCUUCUACAUCAAACAUCCUCAAAUUAACGUAGCUAUUGAACGUGGAAUCAGUUUUGAGAUACUCUAUGCACCAGCCAUUAGAGAUGAAGGUCUACGCAAACAUGUUAUUACAAAUGCAUUGGAGUUAACCAGGGUUUGCAAAGGUCGAAAUGUUGUUAUAUCCAGCGGCGCCGAACGAACAAUUGAGUUAAGAGGUCCUUAUGAUCUUAUAAAUCUUGGGGUAUUAUUUGGAUUAAAGCCUGACCAAAGCAAGGCAGCAGUUUCCAAAAAUAUUCGAAGCAUCAUUUAUCAUGCAGAAGCUCGAAAUAAGACAGUGAAAGGUGUUGUUAGUUUGGAAAAGAUGCCAAUCUCAUGUGGAGUAAAGAGAGCUUCUGAAAGCACUGAGUAUAGUAAAGAGACUGAUGUUACAGCAAAGAAAUUGAAGAAUUACCUGCCAGGUGUAGGUACAAAAUUCUAAUAACUCAAAAUGCAUUUUAAGGACCAAGCCAGUAAUUUUGAUGUUGUGUAUUGUAA